CCCUGGAGAGUUUGAAAAUGAAGUCGUCUAUUGUCUCCGCUUUGGCUCUUGCCCUUGGUGCCUUUGCCACCCCGUCUGCCAAGGUCGAUUCUAGUCUGGAGAAGCGUAAUCCUACCGGAUCUUUCAGUUUGUAUGCCUGGGGUGUGGCCUCUCGCGGACUGAAGUUCUUCUACUCUGAUGGUCUUGCGUAUGCCGGUGAUUCAUCCCUCUGGCCUUAUGGAUCUGUCACUACCGAUGUCACCUUUGUGAUCACCGACACUGAGUUGGUAACCACUGCCACCACUGAUGGCGUCACUCUCGACUCCGAUACUCUGUUCUAUAUCCGCCCGACCGCAGACGAGAUCCUGCCUGUUGGUUUCACCGGCUACGGAAUUGACACUCCCUCUGAUGCUGCUACGGAUAGCUUCAUCUUCUAUGGUUCCUAUCUCAUGUGGGAGGAGUCGUCGGGCGAGUUGUCUGAUGUUUUCCGUCUGAAGGAAACGAACGUCUCGGACGUGUAUCAAGUUUACUGGGAUACUUCAAGUUUGGAUGAGAGUGGAUACUACUAUCCUACUGUCAAGGAUACUGCUCCUUCUGAUUAGAUGCUGGGUUAGCUAGAGUGAACUGUGUCUGGGUUUUGUUCUCUAUGACAUGUGCAGUAAUACACCAUAGUCUGUGAAGGCUCUGAUGAUAAUUUAACUCCUGUCAUGAUGUUGAGGAAUUAUUCCAGGGUAGAAUGGAUAGAUAUGAAUCGAUCUAAUAGAACUUUUGAG